CAGUCUUCCCUCCGCCUUGACAUUCUGUUCAGGGAUUGCUUGUGCAGCUAAGCAACACUGGACAAGGAGGUUGUGUACGCUGGCAGUGAGAAAGAAAAACGUGAAAUUGAAAAAUGGCAGACUUCAACGACAGCGAAGCCAGCAUGAGCCCGAAGUCUACUGGCGAGGCUCUCUCGAGCUUCAAGCACGGCGUGAUGCUUCCUGGGGCCAUUCUCAACAACAGCAGCGUGCUCAACGACGAGGAGUGCGGGCUAGCGACUAUGCUGUGCGAGCAGCACCAGGCGCACCUGAUGGAUGGGUGGCCCAUGCCCGGGACCGACGACGACAAGAAGCACGCGUUUUUCAAACAGGUGCAAACUCUUCACGACACGUACCCUGUCCAAGGUGGACUGGCGACGUACAUAGAGAGGGCCAAGGACCUCCUCACAGCCUCUCAGGAGGGAAGGAACCCACUUUCUGGGUGGAAACCAAGCGUACCCGAUGGGCAGCGACUGGAACUGGGUAGCGAGCACUACGACGCCCUUGAGAAGGAGGGGCUGGACCAGGUGAAACAUUGCGGGUUCGUGCUCGUGGCGGGAGGGCUGGGGGAGCGGCUGGGGUACGGGGACAUCAAGCUGCGCCUUCCGAGCGAGUCGUGCACAAUGACGACGUAUCUGCAGCUGUACAUAGGGCAGAUCCUACACCUGCAGGCGAGGUACGGGGACGGGAGAAAAUUACCUCUGGCCAUCAUGGUCAGCGAUGACACAAGGGACCGCACCCAAGAGAUGCUCGAGCAGGGUGAUUGGUUCGGAAUGGAGGAAGACCAGAUCACGCUGAUGAAGCAGGAGAAAGUGGCAGCUAUCCAGGAUUCCACCGCGGCCCUGGCGCUCGACCCGGAUGAUCCGUUCACGAUACUCACCAAGCCUCACGGGCAUGGCGAUGUGCACGCCCUGAUGCACAGCAGCGGGACGGCCAGGAGGUGGAAGGAGACGGGCUGCAAAUGGGUGGUCUUUAUGCAGGACACAAACGGCCUUGCACUUCACACGCUGGCGCCCGUCUUGGGCGUGAGUAAAUCCAUGGAGCUGGAGGUGAACAGCAUGGCGGUGCCGCGCAAAGCCAAGCAGGCGGUGGGGGGCAUUGCCAAGCUCACCCAUGACGACGGCCGUCAGAUGACGUUGAACGUGGAGUACAACCAGCUUGAUCCGCUGCUUCGUGAAGGGGACGGUGCCGGAGACGUGAACGAACCCGAUACUGGUUUCAGCGCCUACCCGGGCAAUAUCAACCAACUUGUUUUCGCCCUCGACCCCUACAGCAAGGUUUUGGAAGAGACGCGCGGCAUGCUCGACGAGUUUGUGAACCCCAAGUAUGCUGACGAAGACAAGAUGGCUUUCAAGAAGCCCACCCGCCUGGAGUGCAUGAUGCAGGAUUACCCCAAGUCGUUAGGGUCACGCGCCAAGGUGGGGUUCACCAGCGUUGACCCUUGGUUGUGCUUCUCUCCCUGCAAGAACAACAUCGCCGACGCUGCAAAGGCUCAGGCGAGUGGAACGCCUCCGGCUGCGGCGGUGUCCGCGGAGUCUGACCAGUACUGGGUGUGGGCAGAGAUGAUGCGAAGGGCGGGCUGCAAGGUGGAUCACGGGGCAGAGCAGGACUGGGCCGGCGUCAAGGCGGUGCUGGGUCCGCAGAUAGUUUUCAGCCCGGCCUUCGCGGUUUUCUACACAGAGCUUCAGGGGAGGUUUUCCAAACCGUCGGCAGUGUCGGUAUCCGCUACAUCGACCCUCCUGGUGACUGGUGGUGGCGAAGUCGUCAUAGAGGAGCUUGUCCUUGACGGCGCCCUGGAAAUCGAGGUUCAAGCGGGAGCGUCAUUGGUAAUCCAGAGACUUACCGUGAAGAACGACGGGUGGGUACCGAUUCCGUUGUCGGAGGCGGAAAUAGCUGGUGAUGAAGGGGAGGUGCCAGAGGCGAUUCGCAUCAGGGGAUUCAGGUUGGACAAGAGGGGUUCUCACAGCAUCCGCUUGGCUUCGGGAGAGAGGAUCGUGAAUGACCGACAAAACCCCGGCGACUCUGGAGUAGCUCAAUGUUGAACGCACUUCAUUGGCAUGGAAUUCAAGGCAGCGAAGGUGCUGGUUGGGGCGUAGACUGGCCGUGAAAUUCGAAAGUUGCAUGUGUUGCUCGUGAGUAAAGUCGCCAGAGUGUUCAUCGUGUUCUGGAUGCGCUUCGUUUUGGCAUGUUCGGAUGUGAAACAGCUGCUGCGGAGCACUGGCGUUGCCAAUCUGUUGUUUGUGUGUGAAGCGCAUCGUCAGAACGACCGCUGUGAGUGACUCACUUGCUGGGCAAUGGGCCAAUGAGGGUCUCUUCAUCCACUACAAUAGCUGCCAUGACACUGAAAUAGCCGGGCAAACCGUUUUUUUUUUUUUUCCGAACAUUGAAUCGGCCCUCCUACUGUAGUUUAAGAUAGUUUGUCAAGUGAUGAUGGGUUCGCAAAAUGAGUUGCGCUGCGCACGUACGAAACCGGAAAUAGGUGCAACAACGUCAAGUAGUGCUGUGCGGCGCCAAGGAGGUUUGUGCUCGCGGGUAGGAGGACCGCGAAGGUGGUUGUUAUGGUACCACAGUACGAACUUGCUAUGAUAUGGACGAGAUUGGUGUGUUGCCUGUGUUUUCCAGACCACCCCACCUUGAGUUCGACUUCUAAUCGGCGCCGCGGGCUCGGAAUCUGCACUCCCAAGGGUUGUUUCACGGUCAAGUGAAGAUCGGUCGAACGGUCGGUGGUUUCGUCGAGUGUUUGUCAAGUGUGUCGAGCGCGGAAGUGCUGCUGUGUGCACCCGCCACGAUAGUUGGGAGAAGCCGAUCGGUGGCACAUCACGCAUCGUGCAUCGCGCACGUGCAACCGAAGCGCCUCAAGUUCCUGAGGGCCUCCCUGUCUGGGAAAUCGCCCGAAAAUGAACGGGAGGGCUGUAUGUUAAGUGUCGUCAGGAGUCGAGGAACAGACUUCAUGUUAGCACGGCUGCAGAAAUACUUUGUGUUCUGAUACACCGUCUGUGAAGCAGUGGUUGACAAAGAUUCACAAGUUCAGAAAAUAUUGCUCACCCACUUUGUGUACUUUCCGAGUGCCCUGUGCCGCCCA